UUGAAAAUAGCCACAUUCCAUUUAAUUCACCUCUACAUAAUCCUCAAAUAUAAAAUGAAGUUCUUGUUCAUCCCACUCUCUAUCAAAUCAUUUCCAAUAUUUUCAAGGGAAAAUUAAUAACAAUGCCGGAAAAUGCCAAGCACGGUCCAAGACUCUCCUUUUCUCAAGAUUUUUGCCACUAUGAUUCCAUACCGAUCGAGCAAAGUCCAUUACGAACUCAUUCGGAACCUUCAACCAUCAACUUCGAUUUCUCCAUUCCCGGCGGCGUAAUCUCCGGUGAAAGCUCGUGGUCCGCCGAAGAGUUUUUCUCCGAUGGAAAAAUGCUCCCCACAGAAAUCAAAAAGAUACCCGAGAAAGAUGGAACCGGUUUGUAUACGAAUCCAAUAGGAGAUACUAAACCGGUUCUGGAAAUCGGAUUAACGGCGACGGGAGCCAUACGCAAUACGGUGCCGUUUCACGUUCCUUCUGAACCGUGUCGUCCCGGACCGGAAACGAAUCCAAUCAGAAAUGCUCAUGAAAUAGAAGAAAUCGAAGAAGAUGAAGAGAGACCCACUGUGAAUCCGUGUUGGGGGAUUAAGAAAAGAAGCGAACGUCUCAAUUCCGAAGUUGGGUUGCCAUUGCUUUCGGAUAACCCGACCGGUUCGAAUUAUAAACAGACAGAAACUAUGAAGCUCGAGGUUUCGUCUCCUUCUUCUUCUUCUUCAAACUGUAGUUCUCAGAAACCGCUAUUGAGUAAGAAGAGCCAUGGAGAUUACAGUAACGGCGGAGGGAUUAAGGUGAAUUCGUUUCUGGAUGUGUUUCCGGGAGGGAGUUUGUUUGGAUUGGGAUCGAUCAUUGUCGGUAGUGGAAGUGACAAGAACAAGAAGAUAUCAGUAUUUUGUCAUUGGUAAGAAUUUUUUUUUCGUGGAUCUCUGUUUCUUACUUUCUUUCUCCGGAGCUCUGAACGGAGUUUUAUUACAUUGAUCAUUGGCUUUCGUGGUUCCAACUUCCAACUGUUGAGUUUUACUUUUAGAUUUUCUUAUCAAUGUGUAGUUGAAUGUUAAAUGUAUUAUUUCUGUUACAUACAUAAUAGUAAUGAAUUUGAAGACGCUUCAGUCUUCACAAAAGAAA